AGAGGGAGAAAUUUCCAUUAUAUAUACACAUACUGAGUCACACACAUAUACAUACAUCUCAUGUGUAUGUAUAUAUAAGAAAACUACAGCUACCGGCACAUACAUACAUACAUACACACACAGCAUGGCAUGGACGUCGUUUUUAAGAGGACAGGUUGUCCGUGGGAAGACACUUUUGUCUGCUCUUUCUCAAAAAUCUGCUCCUUUGUAUCCUAAAGUGGUUCAAAACUACAGUGUCAUCUAUGGAAACAUCAAUAAACUAGCCCCUGCUGUGAAGACCUUUGUUGAGGAAACAGCUAAGAUCACUAAACCAGACAACAUCCACAUCUGUGAUGGCUCAGAACAAGAAAAUGAACUUCUCUUAUACAUUCUACAGAAAGACAAUGUCAUCAGUAAACUUCACAAAUAUGAAAACUGUUGGCUGGCACGGACAGAUCCUGCUGAUGUGGCCCGUGUAGAGAGACGUACUGUGAUAGCAACAGAAGCCCAAAGAGACACAAUACCAAUUCCUAAAACUGGAGUCAAAGGUCAGCUUGGUUACUGGAUGGAUCUGGAAGACAUGGACACCGAACUCAACAUGAGAUUCCCAGGAUGUAUGCGAGGUCGUACCAUGUACGUAAUCCCAUUCAGCAUGGGUGCAGUAGGUGGACCAUUAUCUAAAAUUGGAAUUGAACUCACAGAUUCAGCCUAUGUCGUAGCCAGCAUGCGCAUCAUGACCAGAAUGGGCCAGGCAGCCCUCGAUGCAUUAGGAACAGGCAGUUUUGUCAAAUGUUUACAUUCCGUCGGUCAACCACUUCCAGCUAGCACACCGUCCCAUUGGCCUUGUAACCCCAAACUGACCUUAAUUGCCCAUAUCCCAGACAGAAAUGAAAUUUGUUCAUUUGGAAGUGGCUAUGGAGGAAAUUCCUUACUGGGCAAGAAAUGUUUCGCCCUUCGACUUGGCUCCAUUAUGGCCAGUCGCGAAGGUUGGUUAGCAGAACACAUGUUGAUUUUAGGAAUUGAAAAUCCAAAAGGAGAGAAAAGAUAUGUAGCAGCAGCCUUUCCAAGUGCUUGUGGCAAAACUAAUUUAGCAAUGAUGAACCCCACAUUACCUGGUUAUAAAAUCACCUGUGUUGGUGAUGAUAUAGCCUGGAUGAAAUUUGACAGUGAAGGGAAACUUAGAGCUAUUAAUCCAGAGGCAGGAUUUUUCGGAGUUGCUCCAGGUACGUCCUACAAAACCAACCCUAAUGCCAUGAAGACUAUUGAGAAGAACACCAUUUUCACCAAUGUGGCAUCAACCAGUGAUGGAGGAUUCUUCUGGGAAGGACUGGAAGAGGAAAUGCCAAAAGACGUGCAGAUAUCAUCGUGGCUUGGCAUCAAAGACUGGACUCCUGAAAGUGGGAGGACAGCUGCUCACCCAAAUUCCAGAUUCUGUACACCAGCCAACCAGUGUCCUAACAUGGAUGAGGCUUGGGAAAGUCCUGAAGGAGUCCCUAUUGAUGCCAUUAUAUUUGGUGGCAGACGUCCCGAAGGGGUACCUUUAGUGUACGAAGCCUUCAACUGGGAACAUGGAGUCAUGGUCGGUGCAUCGAUGCGAUCAGAAGCCACUGCAGCAGCUGAACAUAAAGGCAAAGUCAUCAUGAACGACCCCUUUGCUAUGCGUCCAUUCUUUGGGUACAAUUUUGGUAAAUAUCUCCAGCACUGGUUGUCAAUGAAUCAGCCAGGCGUAACACUGCCAAAGAUUUUCCAUGUCAACUGGUUCCGUAAGAACGAGGAAGGGAAGUUCAUGUGGCCAGGUUUUGGUGAAAAUUGCCGUGUCUUGGACUGGAUAUUGCGUAGAAUAAACCAAGAGGAGUGUGCUGUUUCUUCAGCAAUUGGGUACCUUCCAAAACCUGGAAGCAUCAACAUGGAUGGUUUGCCUGCUUCCAUAGACAUGAAAGCCAUUUUCAACUUGACCAAAGAGUUCUGGGAAGGCGAGGUGAAAGACACUCGUAAAUAUCUGUUCCGCCAAAUCAAUGAUGAUGUUCCAGACACAAUUUGGAAAGAAAUUGACAAUCUGGAAGAGAGAAUCAAGAAGACUCUUUAAAAAAAAAAAAAAAUAACAAAUUCCUAUUUUUUUUAAACCAUUCCCCACCCUCGCAAAAAUCACAUUGGGAUUUAUUUGUAAUAAUAAAAAUAAUAAUAAUAAUAAAUGUUUAUUUUACAACUUCUGGGAACAACAACAAGAACAAUUGCAACAAACAAAAUUUAGGUAAAGAAAAGACUUGAUGGAAAUAACCUAAAAGAAUAUUUUUAAAAUAUAUUUACAUUUAAUUUUAAUCAUUAAAUUCUCGAAACCAAAACAA